UUGUGGGAUGUUUCAGGCAUGCAGCCCGUGCUGUAUUCUGUGAGGGAGGCGUUGGAGGGCAGACCACACUGGGUGCGAACAGGCUCUGAGAUCUGCUAUUACAGAAACCAUUUCUGCCCUAGAAGAGGUCAACAAGGUUCUUUUUACACACUGACCUUCACGGUGACCUUUCCCGAAGAUGACGUGUGCUACUUGGCUUACCACUACCCUUAUACCUACACCACCCUUCAGACCCAUUUGAAGAUGCUGGAGAAGUCUGUAGACCCACGGAGUUUCUUCAGGCAACAAAACCUCUGCGAUACGCUGGCGGGAAACUCCUGCUCUUUAGUCACGAUCACAGCCUGCCCCACUUCCAGAGCCUGGAAACAUCUGCACCAGCUGCGUAACCGGCCAUGUGUGGUGCUGACAGCAAGGGUUCAUCCAGGAGAGAGCAAUGCCAGUUGGGUACUGAAGGGCACGCUGGAGUUCCUGUGCAGCAGUGAUCCUUUAGCCGAGAGCUUGAGAGAGGCCUACAUCUUUAAAAUCAUCCCCAUGCUCAACCCUGAUGGGGUCAUUAAUGGCAAUAAUCGCUGUUCUCUCACAGCGGAGGACCUCAACAGACAGUGGCUGAAGCCGGACCCUACUUUAAAUCCCACAAUUUACCACGCCAAAGGCUUCCUUUAUUACCUCAACAGCAUAGGCAGGACUCCAAUGGUGUUUUGCGAUUACCAUGGUCACUCCAGGAAGAAGAAUGUGUUUCUGUAUGGCUGCAGUAUGAAGGAAACCCUGUGGCAAUCUGGUUCUCCCAUUAACACAGCCUCCCUGAAAGAAGACCCGGGAUACAGGACUAUCGCUAAAACUCUGGACCGAAUAGCUCCUGCGUUCUCCUUCAACAGCUGCAACUAUCUGGUGGAAAAGUCUCGGGCAUCCACAGCACGAGUGGUUGUUUGGAGGGAGAUCGGGGUCCUCCGAAGCUUCACCAUGGAAAGCACUUACAAUGGCUGCAAUCACGGCAUCUACAAGGGGUUACAGACAGGGACGCGGGAGCUGGAGGAGAUGGGAAUGAAGUUCAGCCAGAGUCUUCUCACCCUCAGGAGUAAUACCAUCCAUUAUAACAGCCAUCUGAUUCCCCACACAUAUGCCCUGUUAGACGUGGACGACAGGCUACUCAACCACAAAUCCAAUAAUUGUUUCGAGGACGAUGAACCACCCUGCACGGAGGAGAUUGAAUAUUCAUCCUGCAGUGACCCAUUUGGUGCCAACGAACUAGACAUGGAGGUGAACGGUAACACAUCCAGUGAGGAAGAGGAUGAAGAAGAUGCAGAAAUCUGUAGGAAUGGGAGGCGGUGUAAUGACAGGAAGUCUCAUCUCGUUCCUCACUGCUUGAAACAGGACGCCCUGGAGACUCUGACAAUCGAGGCUGGACAGUGUAAUGGCAUUGACAUCAGUAAUGGCUACUUACAUUAGGCCUCUUUUGUUUGUCUGUUCUGUUAAACCAAAACAUUUAGUAUUUAGUCCAAGAAACUAAAUAAGACAUGCACACCUGCAGAACAUUUACUAGUCCCUUUACCUGUGCUCCCUGAUAUAAACUAUUUGAAUACGCAUUGCAUAAUCCUAAUGGCGUGAUGAGCUCAUGCUCUGGUUAAUGCAUUGGGUUGGUUUACGAAUCGCUCUUAUUCUAAACUAGAGGCUGGUAGCUUGCUGACAAAAGUACUCUGCUGUAUAAGUGGUCUUCUGCUGAAACUCGAAAGUAAACACUUGAUAUUGCAAGAUAGCACUGCAUAUAAAGUUUACCUUUAAUAAUAUGUAUUUAUUAUCUUAGAUUGUGAAAACCAGUAAUCAUGUAUGUUUUUAAGGUUAUUAGUUCCAAAGUGAUACAUGUAUGUUAGUGUAUAAAAAGUAACUGUAUGACUUAGUUUCGUGAGUGUGUGUGUGUGUGUGUGUGUAUAUAUAUAUAUAUGAAACAGUAUAAAGAGACACCAAAUUAAAUUCAAAGUAAAAUACUGUCAGAUCAAUGUUGUUUCCCUCCUCCUCCCAUCUUAUCCAAUUUAUGCAGACAUAGAGGUUUCGGUGGAGAAAUUUGUUUUACAAAAGCCAGCCUUUGAGCCAGAUUUCAUCCAAAUUCUAUCCAGAAUGUUUUGUAUAAUGAGUUCCGUCAUCUCCGCUCAAUUGGAUUCACACAACCAUUGGUUUGGACCGUAGCUAAAAAAGACUAACUCAUGUCAGUCCAUGUUCAAAUUAAGGAUCCAAUAGAAGCCUGCAAUUGCAAUUAGAUACUGACACUUUUUGCUCAAAGGGAAUUGUGCCAUUCCGGAGUAAAUUUGCAGUUUCAUCUUCGGUCUGUCAGACAGAAGUUUGAUAAUCAACAACAUUAUUGUAUUUCCAUAAAUGUUUGUUUGUUUUAUGAAUAUUGCCAUGCUAUGAAUUAGGGGUGCUCCGAUCACGAUCGGCCGAUCGUUAAUGCGCAUCUCGUCAGUA